ACGGGGUUGUUAUAUGGUGUAUAAAGAAGAGAAGAAGAAAGUAGAACUACGACCUACACUGUCUUUUCUCGGUAGUUCUGGAUUUCUCUAGAGACGCUCGGAAAUUUCCCGUUUCUUGUUAUAAACUUCUCAAGUCUAAUAUCAUCCAAUUGCUGAUUCUAAGUUGGAAGCCACAACCACGACAACAACAUUGACUGAUUGUUGAACAGCAGAGAAAAAGAGAAAGAGAAAAUGGGUUUGUGUGGAAAGUUGAAGAGAAAGGAUAUCGACCAAGUAAACGAUGAUUUCUCGGAUUUCUCGCUUUCAUCUCCGGCCACCAAGAUUCGGCGUCUGGAUGCGGAGUUACCACCCAUCAUCGAGGAAGAGGAGUCGUUUACUGAGAAUCAAGACAAAGCCAUCGUUCUCUUCAACCCACUUCUGCGUUCCCCUUCUGCUCUCUCCCUCUCUCUCAAUUCCGACCUCAUCUCUGGGUUUAGGAACCAAUUCCUACGGGCAAGUCACAUGAAAUCAGCUGAUUUUGGUGAAACGAAAACUGAGCAGAGCAGCAAGGCGACGGAAGGAUGUCUAGCAGUUGUUCCAUGGGUUCCUUGUCAGAUUCCUGCGGUAGAAAGUAGAGAUGGUCAGCUGGAGCUUCCAGAGUCAAUGGAAGCUGAUGAAAUGGAUAUAGAAAAUAAUAUAAUUAAUAAUAAUGGUAACAGUAACAAUGCAAGGAUGGAGCAAGAGCUUGCAUAUGAAUAUGGUGGGUUGAAGCCAAGCGAGACCCUCCAUCACUGGCCGCAGCAGCAUUGCAUGAUCCACCAGCCUCCUCAGAACCCUUUUACUCCGGUCACAUGGUCUCAAUGACAAGUUUUUGGGGGAGAAUGGAAUGUGUGCCUCUGCCUCAAUCUUUUUGUAAAUAUUUUUGUUGUCUAGGCAAUAUAGAGAAGAUGAGCUCAGCUGGGUAAAAGCCUCAGAAUCAGAAGUGCUGGGGGCAGUAGGGAAUUUUGGUACCCUUUUUUGUUUGGCUGCAAAAUCAUGCAGAUUGAGGGGCCAUUAAUGCUAGUAGUAAUUUUGAUGUGGAAACUGGAAAUCCUUCCUCCACUGAAUGGAAGGUGAGUUGUGUCUACUCCAACUGUUUGAUGUUUCAAAGGUGGUUGAUGCAAAGCUAUGUGAUUUUUCUUCUUAACAAGAGUUCCAUUUUAGUUCUUA